AUGAAAGCCUCAACCUCCAUUUCUUACGCUCUUCUCCUCUCCAUUUCCCUUUCCUUCCUCCACUCCGCAACCGCCGCCCUGACGCCGUUACUAGUCCAAACCUGCAAGCGAACCAGCGACUACGCCCUCUGCAUCGAGUCCCUCUCCGGCGACCCACGAACCGCCGACGCGCGCUACGUCAGCACCCUGGCCGACAUCGAGCUCUACAACGUGUACGACAAGACCCAAGCCACGCUGGACAUCGUCGGCCCGCUCCUCCAGAAAGCAACGGACCCGAACCUGGUCCAUUCCUACGGGGUCUGCGUCGGCGCGUUUCAGGAGAUCGCCGGCGACCGGUGGUCCGGUGCGAUUAAGGCGCUGGAGUCGGGGGAUUACGCCGGAGCGGAGGGUCAGCUUGGUGGGAUUAAGUCAAACGUGGAGUGGUGUUUGGGGGAGUUUGGAGGGGAGCCGCAGCCGUUUAGUGAGGCGGCUCGGCUUGUGGGCCGGCUGGCUGACGUGGAUAUUGGGAUCAUUAAGCUGUUGCAUUGA